AUGCACUACGAGAAAUGCGGCAUGUGUACAUACCCGCAUACCUUGCACGGGCGCAUCGAGCGCAUCGCCGAAAGGGCAAAACCAGACAGAACCAGAGGGAGUCCAAACGACCAGGCCCGACUCUUGACGACGAAGAUUCAGCCUCCCGGUAACGAAGAUGAGAAGUACAAGUUCGUACCUGGCCGGUGUCCGUCGUUCGACCCAGUUCUGCCAGCGAUUCUCCAAGUCCUAGCCGACCUUCGACAGACGAAUAUCGCGGUUGCAAACGGCCAUCUUCGCGUCAUGCAGUCCAACGACGAUCCUCCUAUAUGGCCCCCCAAUGCAACAGCGCUGGCAAUUAUACCUCGAACCCAUCCUUUGACUCCGGAAAAGAUACAUGUUAGAGCUGGUUAUCAUCGGCGAUGGAUUCCGCUGUCGGACUGGCUUCGCACAUUGGGAGUCAGGAUAUACCCUCAUGAAAUCGAAAAAGCCCAGCGCAUCUGGUGGAAAGUCAACAACAAAGCCUUUCCACUGCUCAAACUCCCGGCAGAGAUUCGACUCAUGAUCUAUCUCCAUGCGCUCGGCGGACCCGAUAUAUAUCCCGUGGUAAGCGUCAAUGGCAACUGGACACAAUCCAUCGACGAUCCUACUGCGUGGCAGAGCUCCCGGAUCCAACCAGGACUUGGCAACAGCCACAAGGUUCUGUUCCAAGAUGAUAAUAACCCGUGGCGGGGAUAUUGCGACCAGUUGAAGAAGGAAAUUAGAACUCCGGUGUGGCAACCAAAUCUUGCCUUGUUGCGUGUGAACAAGCAAGUCCACGCCGAAGCCUCCUACGCGAUGUGGGAGCUCACCCGCAAAUGCUUCAUCAACAGACAGAUGUUUGCCAAUGUUCUGGCCGCUCAGCCUGGUUCGGCUCGCAAUUAUACAUGGCUCAAACGAAUUCAACUUGACUUCACGAACAAGCAGUACUUUGAAUUUCUCGGUAUUGCGAUUGAUGAGCGGACGAAGCAAAUGCGGUUGGAUGGUAACACGAGGCAGUGCGAAGUUCUGUUGAAGAGUUCCAUUCCGACACUACAAGCACUUGAUAUCCGAUUCCGUGCUCCUGAUGUUGGAUUCCUGGCGAGCCCUUGGAAUCAACCAUGCUGCCAGGCGGUUGUGGUUGAUUGGAUUAUGACUUUUGCCUUUCCGUGGAUCAAGCACGUCAAGGAAGUCACUGUAUCUGGCGUACUUCGCAUCACUACACGGGAGAAGUGGACUGAGAUACUGGAUUCUAAGCGAACUGGCGAGGCAACCCCCUUCAAUGAAAGCGCCGAGAUUGCGAGAAUCCUCAACACGCCUUCAAGGAACUUACCUCCGAGGUGCUUAUGCAAUCGUCGAUAUGAAUGCAUCGUAGGGCAUAACGACCGUGGCGGAGCCUUCAACUUUAAGAUCAAAGAGUGGAUGGCUACACAAACAGAGUUUGACCCUUAUGACACACCGUACAGUGAGGAGGAGGCAAAGCGAAGGGAGGAAAUCUACGAGCUGCAAAGAACAGGAGGAUGGCCUGAUUACAUUUAG